UCGGCCUCUUUCCUCGUUCUGUUCUACACUUCUACAGGUGAUCAGCUCUGCGAUCGCAUCCAUCUCCGCAUUUCUCGCUUUCUAAAGCCCUAAGCGCUCUCCUCCUUUCUCUUUCUGCCUCCUUUUCGAAUUCCUUCGAGCCGAAAUCCUCGGAUCGAUGGUGUUAUUCCGGAGUGUGUCGGCGCUCUCUAAGCUCCGGUCUCGUUUAGCACAGCAGUCGUACUCAUUGGGUUCGAUUCGAUGGUUGCAAGUCCAGAGCGCAACGGAUGUUGAUCUUCAUUCUCAGUUGAAAGAAUUGAUUCCAGAGCAGCAGGAACGGUUGAAGAAAUUGAAAUCUGAACAUGGGAAAGUUCAGCUUGGGAAUAUCACUGCAGACAUGGUCAUUGGUGGAAUGAGAGGAAUGACAGGACUGCUAUGGGAAACAUCAUUACUUGAUCCAGACGAGGGGAUACGAUUUAGAGGACUUUCUAUCCCUGAGUGUCAAAAGCUGCUGCCUGCUGCAAAAGAUGCUGGAGAGCCAUUGCCUGAGGGUCUUUUAUGGCUUCUUUUGACUGGAAAGGUGCCUAAUAAAGAACAAGUUGAUGGACUAUCAGCAGAGCUAUGUAGUCGUGCAAAAGUUCCAGAUCAUGUGUUCAAGGCAAUUGAUUCUCUUCCUGUAGCAGCUCAUCCAAUGACACAGUUUGCAACUGGAGUUAUGGCACUUCAGGUUGAUAGUGAAUUUCAGAAGGCAUAUGAAAAGGGGAUGCCAAAAGCCAAGUUUUGGGAGCCAACAUAUGAGGAUUCAAUGAACUUGAUUGCUCGUCUACCAUCAGUGGCUUCAUAUAUUUAUAGAAGAAUUUACAAGGAUGGUGGAAUCAUACCCGCAGAUAGUUCUCUGGAUUAUGCAGCUAAUUUUUCCCACAUGCUUGGAUAUGAUGAUCCUAAAAUGCUUGAGUUGAUGAGACUUUAUAUAACAAUACACAGUGACCAUGAGGGUGGCAAUGUUAGUGCUCACACUGCUCAUCUGGUCGGCAGUGCUCUUUCAGAUCCUUACCUUUCAUUUGCAGCCGCACUUAAUGGUUUAGCUGGACCUCUACAUGGAUUAGCUAAUCAGGAAGUUCUUUUAUGGAUUGAAUCUCUUGUUAAGGAGUGUGGAGAGGAUAUUACCACAGAUCAGUUAAAGGACUACGUUUGGAAAACCUUAAAAAGCGGCAAGGUUGUUCCUGGUUAUGGACACGGAGUGCUAAGGAAGACAGAUCCCAGAUAUACCUGCCAAAGGGAAUUUGCAUUGAAGCAUUUGCCUCAUGAUCCACUUUUUAAGCUGGUUUCAAAGUUAUAUGAAGUUGUUCCUCCUAUUCUCACUGAGCUAGGCAAGGUCAAGAAUCCAUGGCCUAAUGUUGAUGCUCAUAGUGGAGUUCUUCUAAAGUAUUUUGGUUUAUCAGAAGCACGGUACUACACUGUUUUAUUUGGGGUCUCAAGAAGCAUUGGUAUCGGCUCUCAGCUUAUAUGGGACCGUGCGCUUGGUUUACCUCUUGAGAGGCCAAAGAGUGUGACGAUGGAUUGGCUUGAAAGCUACUGCAAAAAAGCUGCUUGAGCUUAGACUAGGUGAAUUCCUUUUUGUUGGUUCUAUCUAAAAUAAAUAUCUUGAUGCCGGAAGCACGAGGGCGCAAAGUGUUUCGCGAGCUGUUUCUUUUGUUUUUGUUUGCGGAGUUAUGUUGAUUGAUUGAUUUGCUCUCUAACCUAUUCAUUGAGCUCUGAAAAUCAUCCUUAUGAUGAAUUCCUGAAAUUAUUUUACUAUCACUUGUAAUAAAUUUGAUCCAAAGUGAUCUUUGUAAUUUACAUACCAAUAGAAGAACAAGGUCUUAAUAAUUAGGAUUGAGACCGAAUUCCAUAUUUGAGGAUAA